UGAUUUUGGCACCUGUCGACUGCAUCCUACUAUAUAAAACAUCGGGCAAGGAGAAGGCGGUGGUAGCCGAGCGGCGGGAGCAAGUGACUCGGCACUUACGGUAGCGUAGGAAAUGGAGAAAGCCUCCUCGAUUCUUGCUUCCGUCUUCGGAUCGCGGGAGCCGGUGGCGUCCGCCACGGUCGCCACAAUCUUCGUCUACCCUAUCAAGUCUUGCCGUGGAAUCUCUGUCCCUCGAGCCUGCAUCACCUCCACGGGACUUCGAUGGGAUCGGCAGUGGUUGGUUGUGAACUCAAAGGGGAGAGCAUACACCCAACGAGUUGAACAAACACUUGCUCUGGUUGAGAUAGAGCUGCCAACUGAUGCCUUUAGGGAGGACUGGGAGCCAAAUGACAUCUCAUAUAUGGUUAUAAAGGCACCUCAGAUGGAGCCACUGAAGAUUCCUUUGAAUAGAGAACAUGCUGCCAUUGAUGACAUAUCUGUAUGGGAGUGGUCUGGCUCUGCACUUGAUGAAGGCAAUGAAGCAUUUGAGUGGUUUACCAAGUAUCUUGGAAAACCAAGCCGUCUAGUCCGUUUUAAUACUGUAUCAGAAAUUAGAGCUGUGGACCCCGAUUACGCUCAGGGAUACAAAACUGCAUUUUCUGAUGAGUUUCCUUUCUUAUUGGCAUCCCAGGGAUCAUUUAAUUCUGUAAAUGAGCUUCUGGAAGAACCAUUAUCAGUAAAUCGCUUCAGAGCAAAUAUCAUUGUUGAUGGGUGUGAUCCAUUUUCAGAGGACCUGUGGAAAGAAAUAAAAAUAAACAAGUUAACAUUCUGUGGUGUUAAGUUAUGUGCACGCUGUAAGGUACCAACUAUCAACCAAGAGAAUGGAAGUGUCGGGAAUGAGCCAACGCAAACUCUAAUGAAGUUUCGGUCAGACCAUGCUUUGCAUUUAAAGGAGAAGAAGGGGAAGGCAGAGGGAAAUCUAUUGCUGUCGGGGAUCCAGUUUGUGUUCUUCAGAAGUUCCCAUCUUAUGCUGAUGCACCUGUCUGACCAUCCAAGAACCUUUACUCAAGGAUGCAGGUCUCAGUAUGGCAGUGUGUGAAGCAAGUUGGCUUUUGGCCUUCCAUCAAUUUUCUUCUGUCUUUCAAUAAAUAACUGUAUAUUAUAAAUAUGAAAUCAGGUCAAUGUGUUGUCAAAACAAUAAGUUUAUAUGCAAUACCUGCCUGGAUUUUGGUUUAGGAAAGUAAAUGACAUAUUUCCUUGCUUUUUUCUAGAAAAUACCAUGCUUGCUAAGCUUUUUAGGUUCUUGGUUCUGUAAAUAAACUUUUAGUUUCUGCA